AGAAGCAAAGCAUUCAGUCCAUGUGCUGCCAUGUCCACCAAACAACCCCGCCGUCGACCUGCUCCUGCUCCAGGGAUUUGGAAGCAAAUAUGUGUCCAGAAAGACCCAGAUACUGUCGACAGACUGGCCUUCAAAUAUAUGGAGAUGUGUAAAGUGGAUUCCAGUUCAGACUCCGAAUCGGAUGCAAGCCCAAGGUGGUCUGAUGCCAGCAGUAAGUCAUUUCAGGUUUGUCCAGCUCCCAAGAGGACCAUUCUACCACAAAAAACAUUUGGACGCUACUGUCCACAACCUCUGGAUCCUUAUGAUGGAAGCUCAGAAGACUCCGCUUCUUCCGGGGACGUCCCAAAACGACAGAAGCACGGAGGCUUCCGGAUGAAGGGAAGAGGUCGCAGAGCUGCCCCCAAUCCUCCACCCUUGCUCAAAGAGGUAAAAAGAGUAGGACCGAGAGAGGAAACCUCAUUACUGUAUCACUCUGACGUCCAGAUGAAGUCAUUAAGUGACUCAGAGCUGAAUACCUUUACCAUAAGGGCUGAGGAAUAUGCCAAUGCUGGGCUGCCUGCAAACCCUAAACCACCAUUGGAAUUUCCUGCAAUGGUAUUAGAUACACAGACAACUUGUCAACUAAUGGUUGGGAUCAUUGAGAGCGCAGGUCUUCCUGGAACACUUUCGAAGAGGAAGUUCUACCCCUUGGGUGAUAGUGAGGAGCGCACUCAGAGGAAGAAGCAGUGCAUCACUACUCAAAUGGAGACCGACAGCAUUAUCACAGAGGAAUGAAACAAGGCUUUCAUCAUGGAUCCUGGAAUGUGCACUACAAAUAUGAUCACUGUGUCCAAGGCAAAAUCAUCAUACAACGUAUUGUGAAACAGGGUGAAUAUUAAAAUGUGCAGUACUGGGUUAUUCAGGUCAGCAGCACUUUUCUACUGAAUUAUUUAAUUAGAGGUUUUGAAUUAUGCACUUUUCUUGUAAAAAAAAGAAAAAAAGCACUUGCACAUAAAAUACACAACUAGCAUUCAAAAAAAUAAUAAA